CUACAUCUAAGUUAAGUCGGGGGUUUUGAGUUCUUUUAUUCUUUUUCGAUGAGAUUUUUACCGUCGUGGGUAAAAAUAGACUCGAUCAGCUGAUUGGAUUUGUAUGGAAAAACGUAAUAUUUUUUUGAGAUUUCGACAUUGAUUCCAUAAAGAAACUUUUUAUGAAUGAGACACCGACUGACUUCCUAAAAUUUUGCUAUGGGAGAGACUAUGAAUCAACAGCUUGCCGAGCUUCUUGCAGAACCAUCUGGGGAGUUCGAUAAUUUCGUUCGAAUGUCAUGCACUGAUUUUCAAUACCUGCUACAAAAAAUUUCUCCGAUGGUUUCUAAGCAAGAUACUACUUGGAGGGAAGCUGUACCAACAAAAAUACGACUUGCAUUGACAUUGAGAUUUUUAGCUACUGGAGAUGACUACAGAAGCUUACACUACCUAUUUAAAAUAUCAAGUUCACUUAUCUCACGCAUAAUAAUCGAAGUCUGUUUGGCACUCUAUGAUGUUUUGCAAGAUAUGAUUAAAAUGCCUGAAUCUGCGAGCGAAUGGAUGUCCGUUUCAGAAGGAUUCAGCUUCCCGCAUUGUUUGGGCGCUAUAGAUGGGAAGCAUAUCAAUAUACAAUCACCUUUACACUCGGGUACUGAAUACUUUAACUAUAAAGGCCACUUUAGCAUUGUUUUACUAGCACUAGUAGAUAGUAAUUAUUGUUUUUUGUUUGCCGAUGUAGGUUCUCAAGGACGGAUUAGUGAUGGAGGAGUUUUCAAUCAAAGUAUCUUAUAUCAAAAACUAUCGUCUAACAGUAUGAAUUUACCCCGUCCUAUUCCACUUCCUAAUAGUGACAUAGUCAUGCCUUACGUAUUUUUAGGCGAUGGUGCAUUUGCUCUCAGUACCCAUUUAAUGAAACCGUUUCCCGGUCAUCACGCACUAGGGUCCCCAGAAAGAGUAUUCAAUCACGAAUUAUCCCGUUCUCGAGUAAAAGUAGAAAAUACUUUCGGAAUACUAACCGCCAGAUUCCCUAAAAAGCAACAUUAA